UAUAGCUCCCGGCGUUCGCUUGCCAAGAUGGCCGCGGCGGGGCCGCGGGGCUCUCUGUGUGGUUUCUGGGAGCUUCCCUGCUUCUGAGGCGGUCGCGGUUCUGUCGCACUGGCCUCGCCAGGCUCUGGGCAUGGGCUUGCCGCCGCCGGCCUCUCUCCUUCUGGGGGUCCUCCUUCUGCAGGGCGUCCUGAGGCCGCUGUGGGGCGACCUGGUUUUCGUCCCUCCUUUCAUCCGCAUGUCCAGCCCUGCGGUCAGCGCGUUCCUGGUCGGAGUCACGGAGAAUGUGUCCCUGGCCCUACUGCAGGACGAGGCAGGAUUAUUGCCAGUUCCCGCUUGCAACGUGCUGAACAAUGAGACAGGAGACUGGAGUUUGACUGUGACUCCCAGCGCUGUAAGGCCAGAGAACGUGUUGGAAGUGACGGUGAGGUUGAAUAGGGAUCUGCAAUGGUGUCCCUCCAGUGAGACGCAUUCCUUCCCAGAGUCCCCAUGUAUUAUCCAGACUCUUCUGGUUUCGGCAUCUCACAAUUCAACCUGUUUAGCACAUCUACUCAUUCAAGCGGAGAUUUAUGCCAAUUCUUCUCUGGCCCAUAAUGCAUCAGAGAACGUGACUGUUAUUCCCAACCAGGUGUAUCAGCCUCUUGGUCCUUGUCCUUGUAAUUUAACAGCCGGGGCCUGUGACAUUCGCUGCUGCUGUGACCAGGAAUGCUCCUCGGAUUUAAGAGGGCUCUUCAGGGAGUCCUGCUUCACCGGCGUCUUCGGGGGAGACGUGAACCCUCCUUUCGACCAGCUCUGCUCCGUGCGGAAGGCGCGCCGAGUCCCGGCCUGGUUCCCGUUCCUGUGCGUGCAGUCUCCCCUCGCCAACUCGCCCUUCCUCGGCCACUUCUACCACGGCGCGCUUUCCUCGAGACAACACGCUUCCUUUGAAAUGUAUUUGCACACUGAGCCAAAAGACUUUUCAGACUUUGGUUACAAACAAGGAGAUCCAGUUAUGACUGUAAAUAAGACAUAUUUUACUAUUCCGCAGGUGUCCCUGGCUGGGCAGUGUAUGCAGAGCGCCCCAGUGGCAUUCCUUCAGAAUUUCGAUGUUCGGUGCAUCACAGAUUUGAAAGUCUACCAAGAACAAGAUGGUAUUACCAAUUUGAGGAUAAAGACUGGCAUAAUGGGAGGCAUCAUUACACCAAAAGUAACCUACGAGGAAGCCACUGACCUGGACAAAUUCAUCACCAGUGCAGAAAUACUUUUAACUGAUGGAUCAGCCCCCAGAAACGUGACUGUGGAAGAACAUUAUAUUUUCAGAUGGAAUAAUAAUACAAUCAGUGAAAUAAAUGUCAAAAUUAUUAGGGCAGAAAUUAACGCCCACCAGGAAGGAAUCAUGACACAGAGAUUUACGGUCAAAUUUUUAAGCUAUAACAGUGGUAAUGAAAAGAAAACAUCUGGAAAUCCAGGUUACCAAGUUGGCAGGCCUGUUCGGGCCUUAAACACCGACGGGGCGAGCAAUGUUACGACUUUGCACCUCUGGCAGUCAGUUGGAAAGGGUUUGUGUUCAUCAGCAACUUUCAAACCCGUUUUAUUUGGAGAAAAUACGCUUUCUGGAUGUCUUUUAGAUGUUGCGAUUAAUGAAAACUGUUCUCAGCUCAGGGAGACCGCUUUUGAACUACUUAAUUCGUUAAUACAAGCAACUCAUGUUGCAAUGAGAGGCAACUCCGACUACAACGAUCUUAGUGAUGGCUGGCUGGAAAUAAUACGUGCAGAUGCUCCUGAUACAAGUGCAGACCUGUCUGUUAGCAGCGCAAAUGGCAUCUGCCUGGAUGUUCCCGCCCAGCUGAGCAUCCGCAUCCUCACUGCGGAUGCCGGUGCAGUGGAAGGGGUCACUCAGCAGGAGAUACUUGGCGCAGAGACAAGGUUCUCCUCAGUGAGCUGGCGGUUCCAGUGUGGACUUACUUGUGAUGAUAAGGCCGACCUUUUCCCUCUCAGUGUGUCCGUCCAGUUUAUUAAAAUACCUGCACAGUUACCCCGUCCACUGACAAGAUUCCAGAUCAACUUCACAGAGUACGACUGCAACAGAAACGAAGUGUGUUGGCCACAGCUUCUGUACCCGUUGACUCAGUAUUAUCACGGGGAGCCUUACUCUCAGUGUGCUGCCAAGGGCUUACUGCUGCUGUCCUUCCCCAUAUUAGCUGUAUUCCUCAGUCACCCCUGGGGCAGAGUUUGCAAAGCUUGGAGUUCAGCUACCGUCUGACUUCUUACAGACCAUGGAUUUUUACUUCUGUGAUUUAUUGUAUUCCUGCAUGCCUCUCUAAAAUUUUAAUAAAGCUUUAUUUUUGUAGGAAAUUUU